GUAAGAUCACGAAGCACCAUUUUUGCUUCGCUCUUCUAAUAUUAAAAUUUUACUCUACUCCAGAGAAACUUUUCUUAGAACCAUCUAUAGAACUCUUCCUCCCUCCCUAUAAAAUUUUUUCAGUAACUAAAGAAAUGAAAGUGACUUUACUACUUGCCAUCCAAUUUUCAAUUACUUUGUUGAGUGAACCCAUGAAGAAAGAGACAAAGCAAUCUGCCCAAUCAGCCAUGCGUCUCCCCCCUUCAUGGCCAGUUGCAUUGUGGACAUUUGUCCUCUCCCCAUCAAUUCGCCCCCGGGGCUACUCAGUUUUCAUGGCUUGGGAGUUGUACAAAUUUUCUGGUUUCUUUUUUUUUUGUCAUUGGAUUGGACAACCCCCAAUGCUAGGUACACAAUACACCCACACACUCGUUCACAUAUUUUAUCACAUUUUUUCCUCAAUUACAAUUUCUAGGGUUUGAACCCUAGACCUUUAAGGUGGGGAGGGGGAGAUAUGCCAUGUGAGCUAAGGCUCAUUGGCCCCAUUUUCUAUUCAAGUUCUGAAACUGUCCCUGAAUUUGGGUCUCUAUCUCCGAUCCAACGCUGUACUUGAAUUUUUUGGGAACAGCCAUCAAUUCGCCCCUUUCAUUUGGGCUUGAUGACUGGACCCAGCGAUUUUGGCCCUUCCAUUUUUGUUUCUCAUAAAACCGGAUUACACAUUAAACGGGCCAUUUCCAGUAAAUACACAAAAAUUGGCCCAAUAUUAAAAAAAUUGACAUAAGUAUUACAAGCAGAUUUUUGCAUUAAAAAAUAUUGAAGAAAAAGAAAAGGGACGGUUCGUGAACUCUAUAGCCAAAAUUUCUACUUGAGCCAAAAUGUUCUCCAAUGAGAAGUAUUUGCCUUAAAAAUCUGUAGAUUUUGUGCGAGCCAGAUCUCUAUAGUGUGAAGAGAAACCGGGUUAAUAGUCUCUUGUUGUGCAGUCUCAAUUUGAUGAAGUUAAAGCUUGAGUUGAGCCAUUUCAUAGUGGUUGGUCUUGUGGAUUCGUCGGAAUAAGUAGUUGUUCGAACUUAGACUAGAUUGCAAAUAAUGAUGGGCAGGUGAAAAAGUAGUGGAACAAAUUUAUAGGUGCUGGUGGCAUCACUGACAGAGUGCUGAGACAUGGGUCAAUCUGGUGUGGAACAUCUUUAUGGUGCCUGGCAAAUUGUUCUCACCACAUCAAAAAAAAUUAUGAAUUAGGUUCUAAGUAAGGAGAGAAAAACAAAGUGUUGACGAGGAUUCAAGGAGUUAAUAGGUAGAGGUAAGAAGAAGGAUAACAAAUCAUCAGAGUCCAGUCCCACAUGAUAGAUCACAUAAACACCAAGGAGUAAUCAAAAGUAACAAAGACAACACAAAGGUGUCUGAGAGCUUUAUGAAACUAGAAGAAAGACCAUUUACGAUGUUCGUAGACAACUUACAUGAAGACACGUCAAUCCAAUAGUUAUUGGAGAUAUUCAGCCAACAAGGACAGGUAGUUGAUGUCUAUCUCUCAAGAAAACAGAGGCAAAAAACAAGACUCAAAUUUGCUUUUGUAAGGUUUGCGUACAAGAACCAUGCGGUGAGAGCGGCUAGAGAACUCAAUGGUUGGAGAGUGAUAGGAGCAUCCCUACUAGUAGCGGAGGCAAGAUAUAAAAGAGGAUUAGAUGGAGACAAACAAUUGGGGCAAGAUAAAACAACUAUAGUCUCAAAGAAAAGUUCAGAAGGUGAGAUGGAUGAAGAAAGAAACAAAAUGAAGCAGAACAUCGAUGAAAGAUCUUUCAAGGAAAUCCUGAUGAACCAACCGAUCAAGGAAGGAAUAAUGAAUGAUAGAGAGGAAAAUAAAAAUGCCUCAGUUAUGCUUGAAGAGAUAAGAGGAAGGUCAGAUAGCAACAUGGUGAAUAUGUUAGAAAAAAAAGUAUUAUUGAGAAAUCAGUUAUUCCCUUGGAAGCAAAAGAUUUAACCACAAUUUUGUUCAAGGACUGGCAUACGUUGAAGGAAGUGAAGCCUUUAGGAUCCUUCAAGAUGUUGUUGGUUUUCGAUUCUGAGAAAAAUUAUGUUAAAAGCUCUUAACUCGCCUUUUUUGUUGAAUUAUUUCGGAGAAAUUAGACGAUGGACAGUGGGUGAAAUGAAUAGAUCUCGCAAAGUUUGGAUUGAGAUGUUUGGGAUUCCUUUUCAUGCGUGGUGUGAGGAGAACGCUCACAAAAUUGCUGCCGUUUGGGGUACAGUGUUAAAAGUAGAGGAAAGCUCGAUGGAACGACACAACCUUGACUCAAUCAAAGCUUUGGUGGACACGUCCUGGGGUCUACCGAUUAAUGACCGAGUAAUGUUAGUGGUGGAUGGUGAUAAAUUUAAAAUUUUUAUAAAAGAAACAUGGGGGGUGGAAAAGAUAACAAUUUGGGAAACAGAGAACAGAUUGGAUGCGGAGAUGGAAAAGCAAAAUAAUGAAGAACUUUAUGGAUCAAAAAUGGAGGAGAAGAUAGAAAGUCAAGUAAUAGGAGUUGAGGAAGAAGAUGAUGACAUGGCAAAAGAUGGGGAGAAAAUCAAGAAUAUUUAUGUGAAGGGCAGCGAAUUAAAUGAUGACCAAAUUCUAUUACAUAAAGAUAUGGAAGCACAUGAAGAUAGGGGUGUUUGUUUAGACUUGCAACAAUUAGAAGUUUUAAUGCCGCUUAAAAAUUCUAGAUCCAUAAGAUAUAUCUUUGAUGAUAGGAUCUCUCUUGAAGUUAUCCAAGAAACUCAAUGGGGUCUAAAAGGAGGCCCAAGUCAUGAUGAGCAAACAAAGGAGUACGGGCUAAAGGGGGAGGAGUCUUUUUCUGGCCCAACUCUACCGCCAAGCUUUGAGGAGUCCAUUAAAAAGAGAGAAUUGAAUAUGGGAGCCCCUGAAGAAGAAACAAGAUGUGAAUUGGCCCAAGCUAAAGAAAGUAAUCACAAGGGAAAAAAAAGAAAGCCACGUGAAGCAACGUUAGAAAAAAAAGGAAGAAGAAAGAAAGCUCCAAAUGUAACGAUGGGAAAGGGGGUUUCAUUAGUGAUUGCAAAAAAUAGAUAAAAAAAUAGAUCCACAAAAGAGAAGGGAGGUAGAACAAAGGUCAAGAAAAGACGAAGUGAGGGAAGAAAAUUUUGCAAAAAAGAAGAAACGGUUAAAUGUAACGUUGAUGAAGGAGAUGAGGAAGACGACAUUGAAAGGGAUGCAAUCAAAUCAUGGAGAAUGGGUUUAGAACUUAUGAUCGAAUGCGAUAACGAGGAUGAACUAGUGAAGUUCCUGAUGAAAGUAAGAAAAAACUCAAGAAAGAUUCCUGAAGAUAUCAACGUUAAAACAAUGGUCAGAGGAAAAAAGAAACCCUCUCUAAAUCAGGUUGGUGACUUAAUCUUGACUCAAUAGUUGUGUUCUAGAACUGUAGAGGCCUAAGGAGUAAAGAAAAGUUAGAUUGUAUGAAAGAGAUGGUGAAAAAGUAUAAUCCAUGGGUUUUGGAUUUAGUUGAUACAAAGAUAGCUUCACGGAUCUAGAAAGGAAAGUUGGCAGUAGAUAGAUCUAUAUUAGGGGAACAUUAAAGCAGAAAAAUUUUGAGAUAGCAAUUUUGGUUGUUUAUGGCGAUCAUUCUGUUAGGAAAAGAAGAACUCUAUGGGAGGAGAUCAUUAGAGUAAAAAGAAGUAUGAAUGUCCCCUUCAUUGCUAUUGGAGACUAUAAUGAAGUGUUAACUUCUAAUGAAAGAUGCAGUGAGAUAGGUAUGAUAGAUUUCAAAAUAUGGAUGGAAGAGAUGAAUUUAGUGGACUUGCCUUUACAAGGUAAGAUGUUCACGUGGAGAAGGGGAAGUCAAGCGAGUAUAUUGGAUAAGAUUUGUGUCGACCCAGUGUGGAUUCAAAAGUUCCCACAUUCCAAAUUGGAGGUGGUGCAGUGCUCAAAAUCUGACCAUGUUUUGUUAUGGCUAAAACCAGAUUCUAUCGAUUGGAACCCAUGCUUUUUUGGUCUCUAGAUGUUUGGUUCUCAAAUCCAAAAUUUAUUUCAAUGAUAAAAGAAGAAUGACUCAAGUUGGGUAACAUUCCAACUCAAGACAAGAUGAAAUUAUUGAAGAAGCACAUCUGAAGAUGGAAUAGAGAAGUUUUUGGGAACAUCAAUGCAAGGAUAAACAAAUUUGAAAAAGAAAUAGCCAAAGUGGAGAUCAAGUUAGAGAGAGGGGAGGAGGAACAGAUCAAUCUGAGUAGAAGGAGGGCAUUGACGGGUCAACUAGAGUUAUGGUAUAAGAGAAAAAGGAAAUAUUGGAAGCAAAUGUUGAGGGAGAAAUAUAUUAAAUAGGUGAAUAAAAAUUCAAGAUAUUUCCAUACUAUGGCAACAAUUAGAAAUCGAAGAAAACAAGUGGUGGAGCUAAGAUACCGUGGUCAAAGGGUAAGGGAUCCUAGAAGAAUCAAACAACAAGCUCAAAGGUUCUUCAUGAACUUAUACCACUAAGAGGUUAUGCCAGAGAUAAAGAUCAAGGAAGGAAUGCUGAGUAGAAUAUCUAGUGAGCAGGCAGAUGAGAUUGAAAAAUAGCCCACAAUGAAAGAAAUCAAAGAAGAGGUCUGGAGUUGUGGCUCUACAAAGGAACCUGGUCCUAAUGGCUUUAAUAUGUACUUUGUUAAGAAAACUUGAGAAAUUAUUGGAGGAGAGUUUAGUGAAUCAGUGACGAGUUUCUUCAGAUUUGGUUUCUUACCGAGAUCGUUGAACGUGACUUGGGUCACUUUAGCUGCAAAAAUGGACACCACGAGCGAGAUGAAGGAGUUUCAACCUAUUAGUAUGAUUGGAAGCAUAUAUAAAACCAUUUAAAAAUUCUGGUAAAAAGGUUGAAGGCGGUAUUAGGAAGUUUGGUGGGUGAAGUUCAAACAGCUUUUAUACAAUAUAGACAAAUCCUAGAUGGAGCCUUUAUUGCGUGAGAAAGAGUUGCAUGGAUAGAAAAGAAGAAAAUAAAGGGAUCAUUGUGAAAUUAGAUUUUAGAAAAGCGUACGACAUUGUUAGAUGGAACUUUUUUGAUCUUGUUCUUGAACGCAUGGGUUUUGGUGCCAUUUGGAGGGGAUGGAUACAAGGACUAUUCAAAACAGCAGCAAUGUAAAUUCUUGUCAAUAGAAUCCCAACUGAGCCAUUCCAAAUGAGGAGAGGACUACCUCAAGGUGACCCUAUCUCACCCUUCCUUUUUGUUUUAGUAGCUGAAACGUUGAAUAAAAUGUUGCACUUGGCAAGAGAAAAAGAGUUCAUUAACGGUUUGGAGAUUGGGAAAGAAAAAAUUAUCUUGUUCCAUCUUCAAUUCGGUGAUGAUACAGUACUCUUUUGUCCCCCUAAUCGUGUUACUUUAGAGAACUAUAGGAGAAUUCUUGAUUGCUUUGGUAUGAUGUCGGGUUUGCAAAUCAACUAUCAUAAAUCUACUUUAAUUCCGGUAAAUGUGGCAGUAUCGGAAGUGAAACUGUUGGCAGAUAAAAUGAGGUGUUCUAUGGGCAUAUUACCUGUAAUUUACUUGCGCAUCCCGCUGGCUGCUAAUUCAAAGAAGUUAGCAACUUGGAAACCGGUGCUAAAAAAUAUAGAGAAGAAAUUAUCCAAAUGGAAGGCGGGACUUCUAUCUAGAGCUAGAAAGCUAACAAUGAUUAAGGCGGUCUUAAAUAAUCUCUCAAUAUACUAUUUGAGCCUCUUCAAGAUGUCUAAAGCAGUGACGAAGAAAAUAAUUGCACUCCAAUCGGCAUUCUUUUAGGGUGAGAAGGAUGGUAAAAAGAAUAUGUCAAUGAUUAGUUGGAUUUAGAUUCAAAAACCAAAAGAACAUGUAGAUUUAGGAGGGGGACAUUACUAUAAAAAAUGCAGCGUUAAUUUUCAAAUGGUGGUAGAGAUAUGCAGAGGAAGAUAAAUCCCAAGCGAAUCGUGGCUUCUUGCAAUGAUAUGGAGCUAAAGGAAUCUCUUCACGACUUUAAGGUCCCUAACUCUGCUGGACCAUGAAAAAAUAUAAUUAUUGUGGGUAAAGCAAAAUGUCCCUAUGAAGACUAUUGCGGGUCAUAGAUUAAGGAUGUGUGUAGGAAAUGGGAAUAAAACAAAAUUCUAGGAGGACAGGUGGCUAGGAGACUUUAGUCUCAAAGAUAAAUUUUUGAGACUCUUUGUCAUAUCGAGUCACAAGAAUGAUGUGAUUGCAAUUGUGGUUUUUGGGAUGGUCUCUUAUGGAACUGGAACCUUCGAUGGAGGAGGAGCGUUUUUGAGUGGGAGCGUAAACAUUGUAAGGAAUUACAUUCUUGUUUGCAAAAUAUUUUCUUAAAUGCAGGUACAGAGGAUAAAGUUGUGUGGACGUCCAGGACAGAUGGAAGCUUCACUAUCAAAUCAAUGAUAAAUGUUGUAGAGGAAAAAAUCCUUGGUUUUGCCGAAUCUAAACACUUCUUUGAUAAUAUAUGGAGAGGAGCUAUUCCCCAAAGGUGAAAAUGAUGUAUUGGUUUGCGAUUUUGGGAAGACUGAACAUAAGAAAAAGGAUAGCAAGGUUGAAUAUUAUAGGAGAGAGUGAGACUACUUAUGGACUGUGUGAACGACAUGAAGAAGAUGAAAAUCAUCUCUUUAUUCAUUGCAAGUUGGUGGAAUUUUUGUGGGCAAAAGCAUUCCAAGAGGGCGGGAUAUAGUGGGUUAAACUGGCGGAGUUAAAACAAUUUUUGGAGGCUUGGUGCGAUUAAGAAGCGACUAAGUGUGGAAGGAGGAGAUGGAUCAAUCUCUGGUUUGCGGUUAUUUGGGUGGUUUAGAGAAUAAGAAAUCAAAAGAUAUUCCAUAAUAAAGUAGAUCAAGUAGAGGACAUUUGGAAGAAAAUAAAAUAUCAUUGGAAGAAGUAGGAUGGCUACAUCAAAGGGAAGAAGCAAGAGAGGAGGCAGGUGAAGAAAAAUAAGUAUGAAGAGAAAUAUCACUCAAAGGAGUAACCAAAAUAGUUUGCAUUGGUGGCUUUGUGUUGAUUUUAUCUAUGAAAAACAAAUGGUAGCAA